AUGAUUCGAUCUCGUUGUUCUCGUCCACAACAAACAUUCGAUUCAAUCGAAUAUAGUAUAGACGAUUCGAAAAUUUCAUUUUUAUUGGUACCAUCAUCAUUAACUAUAACAAAAUGCUUUUCAAUUGAACAUUAUUCACGUUUAUAUCCAGUUCUAAUUACAUUUCCAUCAAAUGCAAUAUUAAAACAAAUUUUAGCAGAAAAAGAAUUCAUGACUUUGAUAUCCGAACAUUCGUCAUUAUCAAUCGAACAAAAGGAUAAUAUUCAACAACAAACUAAAGCUCAUUUUGAAUUACAAGGUAAAGUUUUGGAUGAUGAUAUGCAAUUUAAAUCAAUUGUCUCCAUACAAGACUUAGUAUUAAUUACUAAUAAUAAUAUUCAAUUGAAAUUUCAUGAAAGUAAAGAUGUUCAUAUAAAGUCAGUUAUCAUAGAUAGCUAUCGUGAAAGUCUUCUUCAUCGUCUACCAAUGGAAAAUGGUCAACGACCUCAAACUAGUCCACACCUUGUCUAUCCAAAUGAAAGUUUAGAUUUAUUAUUUGAUACAUUACAUGGUCAAUUAAGUUAUUUAACUGAAUAUUUACAAAGUCAUUUUGGUGAGAGACAUGAAUUUACAACAUAUGAAAUACAAAAACAAACUCCAAUUGAAGGCAAACAAUGGAAUGAAUGGGAAACAGGUAUCUAUCGAAUGCAUGGUGAUAAUGAUGGUACAGUGAAUAUUGCUUUAGCUUCUGAUUGGGGAGCUGGUACACUCGAAGCAGCACUUGUUGCUAGUGCAAUGAUGAAUGGUUUGGAUCUGACUAUGCAACAACAACAGGCUACACCUGAUUUGCCACAUUAUACAAUACAUUUAGGUGAUAUCUAUUAUGUUGGUUUACCAACAGAAAUUCAACAUUGUUGUCUUGGCAUUAAACCGCAUUGGGCUGAUCAAGGUGUUCGAUGGCCUAUCGGACAAAAUGGUAGUUUGACAAUACCAGGAAAUCAUGAAUUAUAUAGUCGUGGCUUUGGUUAUUGGGAUUAUUUUUUGCCAGCAGUUGGUUUAUUCAAUCCUGAAGAUUUAACAGAACCUAUACAAUCACAGAAAACUUCAUAUUGGGUACUAGAAAAUGAUCAAUGGAGAAUUAUUGGACUUGAUACUGGCUAUGAUUCGUUUUCAUUAUUGGCUAUUGAUAAUUUGUCAAUUAAAUUACCACCUGAAUUAAUGGAUUGGCUCAAAACAGUCGUUGGUCUUAGUCCACAAAUGACUGAUAAACGUGGAUUAAUCUUUUUCUCACAUCAUCAAGUUAUUAGUGCAUGGAAUGAAAAACCAAAUACAGAUUUCCCGGAACAAAUAGCAUCUUUAUUACCCGAAGGGCGAACAGUUCUGUGGUUAUGGGGUCAUGAACAUCGUUUAAGUUUUUAUGAGAAACAAACUAUUUCAACAUCGAUUGAUUCAGGCAAAAAUCUAAUAUUCUAUGGUCGAUGUGUUGGCAAUUCUGGUUUUCCAACAUUGGCAAAAGAGCUUCCGGUUAAAGCUCGUGAGACACAAUUAUUAUUUUACGAUGAUCGAUUAUAUCAUUUUCAUGACAAUGAAAUUUCACCUGAUCUGUCAUUAGGUUUCAAUGGUUAUGCUACAAUGAAAUUCAUACGUCCGAAUAAGUCAAGCGACAUAAGUUUACAUAUGAGUUAUAAAACUUUAAGCUUGCAUAAGGAUGGUCAAUUAACCCAUGAAAAUCCAACUAUACUUGUUAACGAAGAAUGGUCAGUUGAUUCGAAUGGUAAUGUUGUUCUCGUCAAAUUAGAACCUGUGAAUAAAGAGCUUACAAAAGCUGUACACACAGAUAUUAGUCAAAAUGAACUAACACUAAAUGAAUCAAGCUGCUGUAUAAUAUUGUAA